AUGGCUCCCUCAUUCGAAAUCACUCCCCAGGCAUUCAGAUCGCCCACAGACCACGACGAACUCCGCGUCAGCUUCACCACGUCAACAACGGGGCGCGACCCCCUCUUCCCAGCGACGUACCUCCAAGUAUCGUACAGGUUCGGCAGCGGCCAGGAAAUCUUUGGCGAGAUCUUCACUCCGCGGGAUAUCAUGAGGGAUGUUUCUGGGAACGGGGUAUAUCACAUUGCUGUGCCGUUCAAGGAUGUGCCGAUUGCGAUGGUGAAUAGGGAGGAGGACCUGGAUGCGGAGGUUAGCCUGCAUGCUUGGAAGGACUUGAAGUAUUUGAACAGUUGGGUUGUUGGGGAGAUUAAGGAUUGGGGGAUGAUGCGGUGA